UUCUCCUAAUUUCUCCUUUCACCUCCGCCUCUUCUCUGAAGAGAAACAGAUACUCUCGUGAAGAAACAAUGAGGCCGAUGCAGAUGGAGUUCUUCGGAGACAUGGAUGAGCAAGGAUCGACGGUGGCGAUGGACGUGGACGACGUCGAUCCACUCGAGAUCUUCGGCGAGGGCGUCAUCUCCAUGGAAAACAAGCUCGUCGACGCUGACUUCUUCAAUAAAUUUGAGGACGAUUUCGACGAUACCGACAUUAACUAAUUCUACGCCGCCCAAAUGACAUCGUUUUCGAUCACUGAUUUAUGGUUUGCUUUUGUUUUCUUUCGUUUUCCUAUGUGAAACCUGCCCUAUAUCAUAAUUGUAAUUGACUAUUAGGAUGAAUAUUGAGUUAUAUUAAGCUUAUUGGGGUGAAUAUGGAUGUUUUCCAAUUUUUUCCAUCA